CUCUGCCAGCCUUCAAAACAGUUGAUGAAGACAAAAGGCGAAGCUAUUGCAUUAUGAGCAUCACUUUCUUGUUUAUGGUCCUCCUUUGCACCAUUCCUCUUAGAUCUUCACAGAUGGUGGGUUGGGGAGCCCCAGCUCAAACUGGUAAAAUCUCUCACUCUUUCUCUUACAUUUUUUCUGUAGUUGCACUCUAUAUCAUCUUCAGUUUCUGUACAUAACUUCUCAAGUUAGAUCAUGACAUAAACUCUCUAGAGUAAGUUUAGAGACAAAAUUUGGUGCAAGAGAAAUGUAUCCUUCAAGCAACAUUGAGAACCCUCUUGAGUCCUUGUUCAAGAGGUCUUUUCCAUUUGAUCAAAAACCUAGCCCAAAACAAGACGAUCCUUCACUUUUCUUCCACUUCCCUUCACCACUUCUGGAUGAAAAUGAAUUUCCCUUGAAUCAAAUAUUAUUUCAAAAUCAUCCCAUGACUGUGCAUAAUUGCAUAGCUCAUGAUUACCAGAUAGAAACCUAUCUUGAUAGGACAAAAAAAGAAACAACAGAAGGCAGCAAUAUUGAUCCCUCCAAAUUGAAUGAAAAGUCAACUGAGUCAAUUCCUAAUGAGGCGAUUACACCAUCGAAGAAAAAUCUUGGGCCAUUACUGUUAAAAAGAACCGGGAAGAAGUAUAGGCGCAGCAAGAUUUGUACAGCACAGGGAGUGAGAGACCGGAGAAUUAGAUUAUCGCUUCAAGUUGCGCGAAAAUUCUUUGAUCUUCAAGACUUGCUAGGCUACGCUAGAGCAAGCAAAACAAUAGAAUGGCUUUUUACUAAAUCGAAGAAUGCAAUUACGGAGCUGAGCAAAAACAAACCAAAAGAAAAGACCAGUUCGAUCCUUGACGAUUUAAAUAGUGAAUCCUUUGUGUCUGAAUGUGACAUUGUAUCAGUAAUAGAGGAUAAUUCAAUCAGUGCACACAAAGGAGCUGCAAGAAAAUAUGCAAGUACAGAAAGAAAGAAGAAUGACGAGAAACCGCAAAAAUCUGGGUGUAAACCUUAUUCGAGGGAGUCCCGGGACAAGGCAAGAGCAAGGGCAAGGGAUAGAACAAGAAAUAAAAUGAUAAUCAAAGGCCUUGAAAAUUCGAAUAAGUGGUCGUUUGAUUUAAACCCUAAUGAUUUUCAACAAUUAAGGUCCUUUAGUAGUUCUUUGGAAGCUGUUGAAGAAUCAAGUUCUCAUAAUCAGAAGCACGAUGCUUAUGCUAACUCACUGGAAAAUCGAUUAUCUGAUGUGGGAAUAAUUGAGAAAUUCCUGGGAAAUUCAAGCACAAAUUCUUGGGCUAUCCCUGAUUAUUCCAACAACAAUUUCAUAGGAUUUCUUGGAAAUUGGGAUGUGAAUAAUGAUAGAAUCAACUCAGAGAUGACAAACAUGGUUUCAUUUGGAGGUAACCCCAGUUCUGUCUAUUUUCCCACCUCUGGUUUUCCAUUCCAGCAAUAAAUACAAAUUAGUUGAUUAUCUUGCAUGUGUAAAAGACUAUGUCAUUGCAUAAAUGGUGUGUUUA